CUGAAGCUUCACCUGCCAACAAUUAACCUCAAACUUCGAACUUGGCAAUUUUUGGGUGGCUGGAAUUUCCGGUAUGCCAAGGGUUGACGCCGACGGAAAACAAAUUGGAGCGCCAUCACUGCCACCGUCACAUCCGUACUCCGCAUUUGCUCUGUAAAGUGCAUGAAGUUAUGCAACGGAUAAUUCUGGUCAACUGUUAUGCAGUAUCUUUGUUAUUCAAGCGCCGGUUGAUUUAACCGACUUCGCAGUAGAAGGGACACAUGCUGCCAUCACACGUCAGAAACCGCGCUCAGACAUGAGUCAGUUAAGCUAGCCAAAUGAAUCACAGGGGUAGUUUAGUAGCCACAGGACAAAUCCAAUGCAGCGUGAUAUUAGGUAGUGGAGAACCCAAGACCCUAACUGUGCUGCGCCACGAUUUCCACGCUAAGGUUCUUGGUAUCUGGGGGAUGAAGAAUGAGAAUCGCAACACAACCACCAGUCAUUGGGUUAUGUGUAUCCUGGGUGAGGGCGCUAAGAAGAGCAAAAAGACUGUUGACUGCACAUCACACUUCAGAGUUCAAAGAUCGAGGUUGCUCAGAUGGCAGACACGUCUGGAAUGUCGGCGGAAGCCGCACCUUGGCACGGAGAACGAGGCAAGCAGGUUGUAUCAGAAAAUCAAAGAGGUCCAUAAUUAUCCGGAUCGAAUGUUUGUUUGGUGGCCGUCCUGCCUGCAAUUGCACGAAUCAAUGUCGCCGUGGUAUUUUUUGUUGAAGCAUCAACUUCCCAGCAGUUUCACGUAUAUCUUCAAUCUUCUUUUCCUGAGAUAAUGAGGACUCACAUUGAGACAUGCCAAGAUGAAAAUAGAUCAAUAUUGCAGAGGACAGGGUCCUCUUGAUAAAUGUAUGCCAUGAGCGCAGGUAUAUAAACCGG